UCAACCAACCCCAACUUUCCCGUUCUCCUCUCUCUCUCUCUCUCUCUCUCUCUCUGCGUAUUUUUCAUAUUCGUCUGGAAAACAAUAAUAUAUUCAGACACGCAAUGCAGUGUUAAUUUUCUCUUUAAUUUUCUGACCCUUUCUCAGGAAUUAUGGGUACGUUUUCGUGCUGGGAGAGCCUUUCUCAUCAGCCGCUUCUUUGCGCUACUCCUUUUUCCAUCCCUUUAAUUUGCUUCGGAAUUUAAGGCUGCAAAGGAAUCACCAUUUUCGGAAAGUGUGUCACACUCUCUCUUUCUCUUUCUCUCUCUCUAUCUCCAUCUCUCCUCCUGCCGCUUCAGGUUGUAGAGAGAGAAAAACAAACAAAAACCCAUUACAGAGGCAAAGCAAGAAUCAUCAGUAUCAUGAGCGGUUUCAUUGAAAAGUCGGUUUCUUUUGAGCGGCAAUCGAUAAUCCGACCACUCAUGCUUCGGUUCGCGUGCUUUGAUGCGAGCUGAAACCGACCCCAUUUUUCCCUUUUCUCUUUUCACUGAUGAGGGUAUUGAUGAUGAGCAGCCCCACUUAGAUUUCAGUAUCUUUUUGCAGGUUUUGUUCCUUCGUUUUGGAUUUUCUGUCCAAUUGCCUUGUUCUCUCGCAGAACACUGGAUUCUGCGGCGAGGCGUCCCGCUGCUUAUUUCUUAGGAUUCCGAGGAAUCAUGCCUUUUUCUUGAGCUGGGUUCCUAGUUCUUACUAAUGGGUUUGGGGAAUUUGAUGAUUUGAUGGGUUUGAUGAUCAUUUCCUGCAAUUGGGUUUUGGGGUUUUGAAGCGGGUUUGUUUGUGAUCAAAUGGGUUCUACUGAAGAGAAAGUGAAAACCAAAGGGCUGGUUACCGGCGCACAGACUCUGCUUGAGGAGAUGAAAUUGUUGAAAGAAAUGCAGGAUCAUUCUGGGGUUAGAAAGCAAAUCAAUUCGGAGCUAUGGCAUGCAUGUGCUGGGCCGCUGGUGACUCUGCCGCAGGUUGGAAGCCUUGUGUAUUACUUCCCACAAGGGCACAGUGAACAGGUGGCAGUUUCAACAAAUAGAACCGCGACCUCACAAGUUCCUAACUAUCCAAAUCUCCCAUCUCAACUAUUGUGCCAAGUUCAUAAUGUUACACUACAUGCAGAUAAAGAUACAGAUGAGAUCUACGCCCAAAUGAGCCUGCAGCCUAUUAACUCUGAAAGGGAUGUCUUCCCUGUACCAGACUUUGGAUUGAAGCCCAGUAAACACCCAAGUGAGUUUUUCUGCAAAACUUUGACGGCAAGUGAUACAAGCACACAUGGUGGCUUCUCAGUGCCUCGUAGAGCAGCAGAGAAGCUCUUCCCACAACUGGACUAUUCAAUGCAACCACCAACUCAGGAGCUUGUUGUUCGAGACUUGCAUGAUAAUACCUGGACAUUUCGUCAUAUAUACCGCGGGCAGCCGAAGAGACACCUUCUGACAACUGGUUGGAGCAUGUUUGUUGGUGCAAAGAGACUUAGAGCAGGUGAUGCCGUCCUAUUUAUAAGGGACGAAAAAUCACAACUGCUACUGGGUGUGAGGCGUGCAAAUCGUCAGCAAACAGCUUUGCCAUCAUCAGUGUUAUCUGCUGACAGCAUGCACAUUGGUGUCCUUGCUGCUGCAGCCCAUGCUGCUGCUAACAGAACCGCAUUUACAAUUUUCUAUAACCCAAGGGCGUGCCCUUCUGAAUUUGUCGUUCCUCUUGCCAAAUAUCAAAAAUCUGUGUACGGCACCCAAAUCUCUGUUGGUAUGAGGUUCGGGAUGAUGUUUGAAACUGAGGAGUCAGGAAAGCGCAGAUAUAUGGGUACAAUUGUCGGUAUAAGUGACCUGGAUCCACUGAGGUGGCCUGGUUCCAAAUGGCGCAAUCUUCAGGUUGAGUGGGAUGAGACUGCCUGCAGUGAAAAACAGAAUAGAGUUAGUCCAUGGGAAAUUGAGACUCCUGAAAGUCUGUUCAUUUUUCCUUCUCUUACAUCAAGUUUCAAACGACCUCUACAAAUGGGUUAUUUUGCAGGAGAACAAACUGAAUGGGAGAGUCUGUUAAAGAGACCUUUCAUCCAGGGUACUGGAAACCUAAAUGGGGAUCUUCCACGUGCCUCGGUUUCAAGCCUAUGGUCAGAACAGCUAAUCCGUAUGCUAUUAAAGCCUCAAAACAAUCCCGGAGUUGUCGCGCCUGUCCAAGACCCUGCUGCUAAGGGUGCUCUUUUGCAAGAGGCUAAGACUCUACCACAGGCCAUGAUUAAGCAGAAACCUCAGCCUAUCCCAUCUGAAAAUAUUUUGUUGGAAAGUGAAAGCUGUCCCCCGAUCCAGCUCAAUCAGACCAAUUCUACAAAUACAAACUUCUCUCAGCAAGCUGAUCUACAACGAAUACUGCAUGCUCCAGACAAAAUUGGAAAUCAAUUGUAUGGGGAAAAUAUAGAGCUGUCAAAAGUAGAACCUGUACUUGCAGUGGAUCAGUUAAGCCAGUUAACUUCUCCUGUAGGCCAGUUCAGUGAAGAUAGAUUAGUUUCAAAUCUUACAAACCAACAGAAUCUUGUAAAUCAGCUUGCAUUCCUCAACCAGAGCCAUUAUCUAUCCCAGCUGCAGACUAGCCCAUGGCUUGUACAGUCACAGUUGGAACCAAUGGUAGCCAACUCUCGACAACUCGAUGUCCAACAAUUAGACUGCACUGGUUUUAAUGGUUUGCUUCCUUACUGUGAUGCUGAAGAUUGGAAUCUGAACCCAGCUACAUGCCAACCUCUAGCUGGAAUUAUUAGGACACCUGGACCUUCUUCAUCUGUCUUCGGGAAGCAAGAGUCUUCUGUGGUGACCUCUGAGACAGUUAGGCCCGCUGUAUCCUCGGUGGACCAUGAAGAGUGGGAUCACCAGCUUACUAAUUUGAGAUGUUUGUCCCAGCCGAACCAACUUGCUCCGUUACCCCAGCAGGAUCCUUACAAUUUUCAGUGUAGAUCUAAUUCUAAUGGUUUGAGAGAUUCAUCGGAUGAAAGCCAUAACCAGAGUGAGAUAUAUAGUUGUCUUAACUUUGAUGGCAGCAAUGGUGGAAGCACAGUGGUUGAUCCUUCUGUUUCGAGCACCAUCUUGGAUGAAUUUUGCACAUCAAAAGAUGCUGCUUUCCAGAACCCCUCAGAUUAUUUUGUUGGCAACUUCAGUUCAAGCCAAGAUGUUCAGUCCCAGAUUACAUCGGCCAGCCUAGCAGACUCUCAAGCUUUUUCCUUGCAAGAAUUCCCAGAUAACUCUGGUGGUGCAUCCUCGAGCAAUGUGGAGUUUGAUGACAGCAGUCUCUUGCAGAAAAGCGCAUGGCAACAAGCAGGUCCGCGGGUACGGACUUACACCAAGAUUCAAAAGGCCGGGUCUGUUGGAAGGUCGAUUGAUGUCUCAAGUUUCAAGAAUUAUGACGAGCUGCUCUCUGCCAUUGAAUGUAUGUUUGGACUCGAGCGGCUGCUCAGUGACAGAGGUUCUGGCUGGAAACUUGUGUACGUGGAUUUCGAAAAUGAUGUUCUACUUGUUGGGGAUGAUCCAUGGGAGGAAUUCGUUAGCUGUGUUCGAUGCAUCAGAAUUCUAUCGCCUUCAGAGGUUCAGAGAAUGAGCGAAGAGGGAAUGCAGCUUCUCAAGAAUGCUGGCAUUCAGGGCGCUAAUGGAUCAACACAAGUCACCAUGCCCUGACCGAUGAUCUAGUAGGUCAGACGACUAGUUUGUGCGCGCUUUCUUUUGCUUGCUUGACUGAAAAUUUCGGAUGUUGUAGUUAAAAAGGGGACCUUUAGCCAGGCCAAGAAAUGUACUUACUGAAGCUUUGAUGCCAUUAGAUUAGGAACUUUUGUCUUAGAUUUGUUCCUGAAGUUGCAGUGCAUGUAUGAACAUUAAAUGGAGUUUGCUGUAGCAGGAAUGAAAGAUAUGGUGAGAAGGAAAA